AUGGCGAGGCACUCCCAAAAGAAGAGCAUAGGGCGUCAGUAUAAGAUGCUUUCUUCCAUUGACCACGGUGAAUUCGGCACAGUGAAACUCGCCUGCCACAGGAAAACCGAGGCCCUCGUGGCCAUAAAGACUAUACAGAUCACAGAGAGGUGCAUAAAAAGGAUCCUGUCAGAAGUAUCAAUACUCAAGAUGCUACACCAUCCAAAUAUUAUUUGCCUCUAUCAAGUGCUGGUAACAGAAAAACAUGUUCACCUUGUGACUGAGUUUGCUCCAGGAGGAAACUUAUAUGAUUUGAUAGCUGAAGAUGGCCCCCUUCAGGAAGAAGUGGCAAAGAAAAAUUUUGGACAGAUCGUGUCAGCAAUCAAAUACUGCCACACACUCGAUAUUGUCCACCGGGACAUUAAACCACAAAACAUCGUGGAAGAUGAAGACGGGCUCAUGAAGGUCAUCGAUUUUGGCCUUGCAGCACAUCAGAGACCUGGCACCUUACUGAGUGGGAAAUGUGGGACCAAACGUUUUGCUGCACCAGAGAUUUUACUCGGGGAGCCAUAUGAUGGAAAAAAGUCCGAUGUGUGGAGUCUGGGCGUGCUGCUCUACUUUAUGACCGCCGGGUACGUCCCCUUCAAAAGAGUUACCGAUAAAGAUACUGGGGAAGAGAUCAUUACACGGACCUAUGCUAUCCCAUCUCACUUUUCUGGGCAGCUCGAAAAUCUUAUUCACCAAAUGCUCACAGUUCCCAUAGAGAAGAGGCCCUUCAUUGAGGCUAUUGAAGAACACCCAUGGGUCAUAAAGUCUGAACCAAAUAUGUCACCUAAGACCUACCCAGACACCCAAAUAAUAGAUGUGCUCUGUGGCAUGGGGUUUAAUGCCAGUGAGAUUAGGGAGUCAUUGAAAAACCAAAAAUUUGAUGAACCAAUGGGGGCAUAUUUAAUUUUGAAAGAACAAGAAGACAAGAGGGUUGCGUAUACAUCAAUCACAUCAUCCAAGCCUCUGAACCUGUGCCGUACCCCAUCCCCAUCCAAGUCAUAUCCCUCUGUCCCUGGUCUUCCCCUAGUGAGAAGGGGCAGUGAGCCCAACUUUUGCCCACUCCACAUCUGGCCCUCAGGAGAGCAUGGGCCUGUUGCCUUGGCACCGCCAAGAUACAAGGUGGCCAGAAGUGUCUCUAUGCCUCCCAUUUCUGUAGAUUGUACCAACAAGAAGAGCAGUACUUUUAGCUGUUACCUCCAUUCUGGACAUGGGAGUGACCCAUGUAUCUGCAGAAGCCUAUUGGAGGACGAAUUGCCUGUGCUUCCUGACCAAGACUAUGACAUUGAAACAUCAUCUCCCCCUCAGCAGAUGGGGUGCUUUAAGAGACUGAGGAACAGCAUCAGGGAGUGCCUGUCAAGACUCAGUUGUUUGCCCAGGGCUUGGAAGAAAAGAACCCAGCAAAGAUUCUCCAAGAAAGUGGCACCCCUGAAAGAGGCAGGAGGCCAAACCCAAUGA